GGCUGGAGGUGCGGCUGACUGGUGCUGGGGUCUGAGUGCUUCCACCAGGAGCUCUCGCGUUCGUGACGAUGUCGGACCCCGCGUGGCGAGACUCGCGUGGGCGCCCGGCCGAGCUCCCCGGAGACCUGUCCUCACAGGAGGAGGAAGAGGAGGAGGGCGAUUCCGACGCCGGGGCCAGCGACUUGGACUCCUGCUCCUCAGCCAGCAGCGACACUGAUCUGGAGCCCGAGUGGCUGGACAGUGUGCAGAGGAAUGGCGAGCUGUUUUACCUGGAACUGAGUGAGGAUGAGGAGGAGAGCCUCCUUCCGGAGACACAGACCGUGAACCACGUCAGGUUCAGUGAGAAGGAGGUCAUCAUUGAAGAGGAUGACUCUAGAGAAAGAAAGAAGCAUGAACCCAAGCUCAAGCGCUUCACCAAGAUCCUGAAGAGCAAAAGACUUUUACCUAAGCGCUACCACAAAAAGAGCAGCAAUGGCAGUGGCCCGGUGUCCAUUCUGAAGCAUCAGUCCAACCAGAAGACCGGGGUCACUGUGCAACAGCGGUACAAGGAUGUGACUGUCUAUAUCAACCCCAAAAAGCUAACGGUCAUCAAACCCAGGGAGCAGCUCAAACUCCUGGAAGUGCUGGUGGGAAUCAUCCAUCAGAGCAAGUGGAGCUGGAGGAGAAGCGGGAAGCCGGCCGAUGGAGAGAGGCUUGUGGUGCAUGGCCUGUUGCCAGGAGGCUCUGCCAUGAAGAGCGGCCAGGUCCUGGUUGGCGAUGUCCUUGUUGCCGUGAAUGAUGUAGAUGUGACUUCUGAAAACAUAGAGAGAGUUCUGUCUUGCAUCCCUGGACCAAUGCAGGUGAAGCUGACAUUUGAAAAUGCCUAUGCAGUGAAAAAGGAAACAACCCAACCAAAAAAGAAAAAGCCACAGUCGAGCAUGAACGAUUUGGUGAAACUUCUAAGCGGGUCGGAGGCCGAUGGCACCCAGCACAGUAUCCUGGGAGCCCCCCACAUCACCAUGUACCUCUCACUGCAGCUCCAGUCAGAGGUCUCCAAGGAGGAGCAGGAAAUUCUGUACCAUUACCCAGUGUCUGAAGCCUCUCAGAAACUCAAGAGUGUGAGGGGGAUUUUUCUCACCCUCUGUGACAUGCUGGAAAGUGUGACUGGGACGCCAGUUACUAGCUCAUCCCUCCAUUUAAAUGGGAAACAAAUUCACGUUGCUUUCUUGAAGGAGUCUGACAAGUUGUUGUUAAUUGGCCUGCCUGCUGAAGAAGUUCCUCUUCCCCAGCUAAGGAACAUGAUAGAAGAUGUCGCCCAAACCCUGAAGUUCAUGUAUGGUUCUUUAGACAGUGCCUUUUGCCAGGUUGAGAACACUCCUCGCUUGGAUCAUUUCUUCAGCUUGUUCUUUCAACGAGCUCUCCAGCCUGACAGGUUGCAUCUCAGCGCCAGCCCCAGUGCGAAGCAGUACGAUGCAGCCAGUGCCGUGCUUUUGGACAGCCUCCCUGGAGUGCGUUGGCUCACACUUCCACAGGAGCUCAAGGUGGAACUGGACACAGUGUUGAGUGACCUUGAGGCUGCUGACUUCGAAGAACUGUCCGAGGAUUACUGUGACAUGAGACGGCUGUACACAAUUUUGGGGUCUUCUCUGUUUUACAAGGGUUAUUUGGUGUGCAGCCAUCUACCCAAGGAUGAUGUUGUUGAGAUUGCUGCGUACUGUCGCCAAUACUGCCUACUGCCUUUAGCAGCAAAGCAAAGAAUUGGCCAGCUAAUAGUAUGGAGAGAAGUCUUCCCGCGGCACCACCUCCAGCCUCCUUCAGACUCAGACACCGAGGUCUUCCAGGAGCCUGAAGGGAGAUAUUUUUUACUAAUUGUUGGACUGCGCCAUUAUGUGUUAUGUGUGCUGUUAGAAGCUGGAGGCUGUACAUCUAAAGCUAUUGGGAAUCCUGGUCCAGACUGUAUCUAUGUAGAUCAGGUCAGAACAACUCUUCAUCAGCUGGAAGGGGUAGACUCCCGCAUUGAAGAACGGCUAGCCUCAUCUCCGGGGCCCUGCCUGUCUUGUGCUGACUGGUUCCUUGCUGCACCACGCGAAAAGGCUGAUAGUUUGACCACUUCACCUAUCCUCAGUAGACUACAGGGGUCCGCCAAAACAGCGACCUCUCCAACAUGCAGAAGAACCUUUUUCAGUGACUAUUCCUUCAAGGCACGGAAGCCCAGUCCCUCCCGGAGCAGUGGCGGAUGUGAGCCUGGUGAAGCUGGAGAAGGUGUUGGUCUGAGCCCACACACUACCCCGGAUGCAGUACGGAAGCAAAGAGAAGCCGAUGGUUCGGAGGACAGCGUGGCAUUGCUUAAGCUCGCUAAGAAGAAGUCGACACUUCCAAAUCCAUUUCAUUUGGGAAAUUCAAAAAAAGAACUUUCAGAAAAAGACGUGGAAGUCUAUAACAUGAUGAAAUUGACCUCCGGUCCGGAGAAUACACUCUUCCACUAUGUCGCCUUAGAAACAGUGCAGGGCAUCUUCAUCACCCCCACCCAUGAAGAGGUGGCUCAGCUAGGCGGUUCCGUCCACGCUCAGCUAAUUAAGAAUUUCCAUCAGUGUUGUCUCUCUAUUCGUGCAAUUUUCCAACAGACAUUGAAGGAAGAGAGAAGGAGAGCGCUGCGUGGUGGGGGUUGUCCGGAGCCUGCAGACUCGGUGUCGUCUCUGACCCCCGUGAAAGAGCAUGGUGUGCUCUUUGAAUGCUCGCCUGAGAACUGGACCGAUGAGAAGAAAAGCCCGCCAGUUAUGGCUUACUGGGUGGUGGGGAGGCUCUUCCUUCACCCAAAACCUCAGGAACUUUAUGUGUGUUUUCACGACUCGGUCACAGAAAUUGCCAUUGAAAUGGCAUUUAAAUUGUUCUUUGGAUUAACAUUGUAGCUAUGUUUGUAGGAUACAAAGCAACACACAAAUGGACCAUGCGAGAGUGCCAGGAUGGCUGAAAUCGACAUAUAAAGAUAAGGCUCAGCUUAGUCACUUUUCAGUAUUGAACUUCUCUUGUUAAAUGUUGAGAGGCAGUGCUGUUGGGUUGGUGUGUCAGACAUCCGAGCAGAUACUUGGUCAGAGUAUGGAGACAAGAUUACUAAUUUAUUGCCAUUUUGGUAUACCAUGCUAAUUUAUUGAAUAGUUUUAAAUAAUGUGAAUUCUUUAAUAAAAAAUUAAUAUAGAUGUUUAUUUGGGGAUCAUAUUCAACUCAUUUUUUAAAUUGAAACCCAAUGCUGACUUACACGGUGAAGGGAUCAUGAAAUAGAAGAGGUGACGAGGUUCUGUAUCGGUGAGCUCUGUGUUGUGAGGAGCCCUCACCUGUCAGGCUCAGAGAAUCUGUGUACUAAUAACAUUAUUACUGCAUUGGGAGUUUUUAAAAUCCCAGUUAAGAAAAAUGCAUUGUUUUCAUGGUAUGUAUUAGUCAGUAUCUAAAUUUGCAAUAUUUGUGUUCUGGUUGCUUAGCAAAUCAAAGGCUUCUCAUUCGUCUCAGUAUUUUAGAAGAUCCUUUCCUGCAGACGAAGAGGGGAAGGAUGGAAGUUAAAAGUUAAUUUAUAUUUAUUCAGUUCUCUUUAUUCUUUGUGAUAAGCUUUAUUUUGGAUUAGGAGACUUAUUUUUGAAUUUUUAAUCAUCCAUAAGUUUUUUUUCUUCUGUUGAAGUACAUUCUGGUACACAUACAUUUUAUAUCACCUCUAGCGGAUCAUACUUAAAACACUGGAAGAGGGCUGGAGAGAUGAUUCAGAAGUCAUGAGCAGGCACCUCACAGGAAAAGCCCUAAGUUCAGCUCCCAGCACCCACAUCAGACAGCUCACAACCACCUGUAACUCCAGGGAAUCCUUUGGCUUCCGCAGAUAUGCAUGUGAGCACGCACACACACAGUGCAUACACACAGACACACAAGCACACAAUUAGAAAAUAAAAUCCCUUUGAAAACACUGAACCAAACUGUUUAACAGUGUCCUCGGGUAACUUCUUUUAUAAAAUACUAGUUUUUGUCCUAGAGAUAAGCAUCAGUCUGUAUUUCCCAAAGGGAGAGGGAGCACUUUAACCAACAGCUGUUCCCUGAGCUUCAGUAGUAGAGAAGACUGAGUAGACAUUGAUUUCAUUGGCCAUGAGAAUUCAGUAUAUUGAAGAAAAGAAAAAUAUAGUAAAUACUACAUUUAUUAUUACCAUCUACCCGGUGAGCAUCCCACAUGCUCAAUAGUCCCCACACCUUACAGUCCUGGGUAGCUUCUCCUUCAGGGAUUACCAUGUUGGAAGGAAGCUAACUGAAGUCGAUCUAAAGUUCAUCCUGCAUUUUCCCUCCUUUAAACAUGAGCGUUCCAGCUGAAACUACAAAGUGUAUCGGCGCACCCCGAGCCGUUUAGCGUUCCAGCUGAAACUACAAAGUGUAUCAGUGCACCCCGAGCCGUUUGGUCUUGUAAAAAACUUUACCCUCUGUUGUCAGUUAAGAGGUUCUCAUAGAGGCAUUGGUGACAGACACCGGCUGUUUAUAUCACCAGUGACUUCUGGGCUUUAAUUUCAGCUUUCAAGGCAGAGAAAGAAAUUCUGGAUCUUGAAGGGUAGAAAAGAGUUUGAACUAUCUCCCCUUUAACAAGAGUCAAAUUGGCUAAGGCUGUCCUCUGUCUCAGACUGCCUGUGUGCCAAUGUAUGUGUCCCAGCAUUUCUAAACGUAUUUAUUAAAUGCUUUAAGUUUCUGAAUAGACCCUUAAAUCCCAAGCUGUUUCUAAUACUGAUCGUUAUAUUCAGUGUAGCCGUGGUCACCUCAGAUUUUCAAAUAGAAGAUACUAAGACUUGGGAUUUUAAUACAGAGAACUUUUUUCCCAGUUAAAUUUUGAUCUGUUGGUGCUUUUUUGGUGUCAGAUAACCAUGAGAACGCUAUUUUAAAAGGGGUGUAAAACUAGAAAGCAGAUAACAGAUCUUAAAGAUGGGCCAUUUGCUGUGUGGCCCAUGUUGAAGAGGCAUUGCAUUUUGAAAAAAUAAAAUGCUGUCUUCUUUUUCAUCUCCAGGAGAGCAUUGGUGGUAAACUUAGCUGACCAUUUCUCUGAAUAGUUCAGACUCACACCUGAAAUGCAAUCAGUCUUACUGUUGGGCAUUAAAGUCCUGUCUGUCUCUGUUACAGGGAGCGGACAGAGAGACAUAGCGAUGGGCUCUCAGAGAAACCUUCCUGAGUUAGGCUUCAUUCACAUCCUAAUACUAAUGUUCCAGAGAUCAUGAGAUACAGUGUCUACCUAACAUUCCUCGAAAGUCAGACACAGCCAGGCAUGGUGCCGUAUGCCUCUAACCCCAGUGUUCAGGAGGCUGAGGCAGGAGGAUAUAAUAAAUUCAAGCACAGGCAGGGCUAUACAACAAGGCUCUAUCUCAAACAAACAAAACACAAGGACUUUCUUACUUCUGUCACGUGUUUCUUGGCCCCAAAUAAAUUUUAGACUCUUGCCCUUUCUCUCCCUCUUCUCCCUAUCCGUGGCUUUCUUUUGGCUCUGUCAUGUCAGAGAACUGUACCUAGGAGGGUACAAAGUCUUUGACUUUUUUUGCCAAGGGACAGUGGAUGACAAUGUGUGCCUAACAAAAUGGUAAUUGUGAAAUAAUCACUGUCUAAAUAAAAAUUGAAAAAAAAAAACUGUGAAACCAGUCUACGAGGUUUGGCUGCUCUGACCACUGUGUUACAGUGUGUUCUCUAAACUGUGGCUGUCACAUACUCUAACAGACGAGGUGUGAGCUGCAGCCACUACUAACCACCGUUAAGUGCCCUCUGCCUGAGAACAAGGGAAACAGCUGAGUCCAGUCUACCACCACACAACACGACGGGAAUACCUGGGGAAACUACUGCUUACUCUUGUGUUGACAAUAAGGAUGUAUAUUUUGGACAUCUUUUAAAAUAGUGCUGCUAAAACUUGAUCCUACACACCAAAGCUU